AUGGGUUCUCUUGCCGCACCUCCAACCUUCCCUCUCCCCAGCACCAUACCUACCGAUGACAAAGAGUUGGCGAAGCUAGCACCCUUCACUGUCUCCCUCCCCAACGGCUUCCUUCCGUUGUCUCUCCCACCUACAACCCUUCCUCCGUCCUUCUCCGCCCUCUCUUCUCUCCUCGCUCGCAUGCCCAUCCGCACCGCAGCCGGCGACCCAGGCCUCCUCGCCACAUUCAAACUGGGUGAAACGCUGCUGCGCGAACUUCCAGAUCUGACAAUUGAGGUCGACAAGGUGAAGGAUGACCUGAGGACGGUAGGGGGUCUGUAUAGGGAUUACUGUUUCCUGGCGAGCGCGUACCUGCUUGAGCCGUGUCACGAGCGCCAUGUCAAGGGCGAAGGGUACGGACUGGGGCGACAGAGAUUGCCGGCCGUGCUCGCGAGGCCGUUGGCCAGAGUAGCGGAGAUCUCGGGCUUCAAACCUUUCAUGGAAUACGCCGGUUCCUACGCCCUCUUCAACUACCGCCUCGAAGACCCAGCACUCGGCAUGGAGUACGGCAAUCUCCGCCUCAUCCGCGCAUUUGAGCACGGCCUAGACCAGUCGAGCUCGGAAGCGGGCUUUGUGCUCGUACAUGUGGACAUGGUCCAGAAUUCCGGGCUUCUGGUCCAGGGGGCGGUCAAUGCGCUAUCAGCAUGUGGAGAUGGCAAUAGGAAGGCAUUCAAUGCUGGAUUGGAAAGUUUGGUGGAGGCUAUGGUGAAGGUCAAUGGGGUUAUGGAUGGUAUGUGGAAGAAGAGCAAACCAAACGAUUACAACAGCUUUCGUACCUUCAUUUUCGGCAUCACGAAACAGUCGAUGUUCCCACACGGGGUUGUGUAUGAAGGCGUGAGCGAAGAGCCAAUGUCUUUCAGAGGAGAGAGCGGUGCGAAUGAUAGUAUGAUCCCGCUAUGUGACAACCUUCUGGAGAUCAAAAUGCCAGAGACACCACUCACGGAUAUCCUGAGCGACUUUCGCUCGUACCGACCUGGCAAUCACCGCCAAUUUUUGCAGUGGGUCAAAGAUAGAGCCCAGGACGUUGGCAUCCGAGUCUAUGCUAUGAUGGACAGGCAAUCUGCAGUGUUGUAUCUCCAUGCUCUGAACCAAGUCCGUGACUUCAGAUGGCGACAUUGGUGCUUCACGAGAGAAUACAUACUGAAGAAGACGACCCAUCCGACUGCCACCGGAGGCAGUCCUAUAGUCUUGUGGCUCCCCAACCAGCUCUUCAGCGUGUACGAUCAAAUGAUGGAGGUUGACGGUGCUAAUGGUGGCCUGCCAGAAUGCGGAGACAUCAUGAAUCUUGUGCGUUCGCAGCGCAAGACGUUGGAAAAAGAGGUCGAUAGAUAUUGCAGCGAGCGUAGCGGUUGA